AAAAAAGAUUAUAUUACCAUUUGGCUCUUCUACACAGUUUCUCAGAGAUGCUCUUAGGUCGUUGAGUCGGGCAACCGGAAGUUCUAAGCAGCAGCAGCAGCAUAGAGCAACUAAUUGGGAUUCGAAUUACGACUGAGGCAAGUAAGGAAGGCAAGUAAGGAAUUGGAAAAGAGAAAAGACAUGGAGGUAAUGUUGAUGAUGUCUCAAACAAGACCGCUUUCAACCGUCUCUAUCCCCAUACCCUCGUUGGCAAACGCAGUAUCUCAAAGAAAUUUCAAGAACCCAAAGACUUUGAACCUCAGGGCAUCAAUUUCCAACCCUAGUUUUCCUCUUGCAAGCAGAAUUAUGGUUACAAAUAUAGGACAUUAUAUCAGUGAAGCUACUUUGCAAAAGGAAUUUUCAAAUUUUGGUGAAAUAGCUGAAGUGAAGCUUGUGAAGGAUGAAACCAUUAAAAGGUCCAAACCAUAUGCAUUUAUUCAAUACACUUCUCAGGAUGAUGCCAUCCUUGCCCUGGAAAAUAUGGACCGUAAGACUCUUGAUGGCAGGUUAAUUUUUGUUGAUCUUGCCAAACCUGGGAAAGACCGGUUUAGAGGAUGCAUGAAAACAUGUGGACCUCCAAAGAAGCAGCAGGUGCAGGACACACAAGAUGAGGUUGCAGAUUGCUGGUACUGAUUAAGUUCUCUUUGAUACAUUGCGUAAAAUAACCAGAGAUUUUGUAAACGAAGGAGUGAGACAAAAUGGAGCACUUCAUUCAAGUAGAAUUGCCUAGUGCUAUCUCUGCGGCCGAAAACAUAUCAUAUCGUACCCAAGCACCAUAGCGGUGAAAGUGGCAUGGGUUUGAUCAGCUAGAUUGGCUUCAAACCACAUUACAUCACUUUAUCAUUGUAAAUUAUCGACACUGGCGUGCGUAAUAUUCGUCUAUAGAACUGUGCUAAACAGAAGCAAUGCUGCAUUGCCUGGAAUCGGACAAGUCAUGGGCUCAAGGACCACGGUGCACAGAACAAUCAGUAAUGUAAUAUAUUGUGGAAUUUGGUCGCUGAUUUAUUCAGAUCAAAUUUUCCGUGCUCAGGUAUAAUGAUGUGAUGUUUUAGUAAA